AUGAGACAGCAGGAGGAGAGACAGCAGGAGGAGAGACAGCAGAAGAAGAGACAGCAGGAGGAGAGACAGCAGGAGGAGAGACAGCAGAAGAAGAGACAGCAGGAGGAGAGACAGCAGGAGGAGAGACAGCAGGAGGAGAGACAGCAGGAGGAGAGACAGCAGGAGGAGAGACAGCAGGAGGAGAGACAGCAGGAGGAGAGAAAGCAGGAGGAGAGACAGCAGGAGGAGAGACAGCAGGAGGAGAGACAGCAGAAGAGACAGCAGGAGGAGAGACAGCAGGAGGAGAGACAGCAGAAGAAGAGACAGCAGGAGGAGAGACAGCAGGAGGAGAGACAGCAGGAGGAGAGAAAGCAGGAGGAGAGACAGCAGAAGAAGAGACAGCAGGAGGAGAGACAGCAGGAGGAGAGACAGCAGGAGGAGAGACAGCAGGAGGAGAGACAGCAGGAGGAGAGACAGCAGAAGAAGAGACAGCAGGAGGAGAGACAGCAGGAGGAGAGACAGCAGGAGGAGAGAAAGCAGGAGGAGAGACAGCAGAAGAAGAGACAGCAGGAGAGAGACAGAGAGAAGCAGGAGGAGAGAACAGCAGGAGGAGAGACAGCAGGAGGAGAGACAGCAGGAGGAGAGACAGCAGAAGAAGAGACAGCAGGAGGAGAGACAGCAGGAGGAGAGACAGCAGGAGGAGAGACAGCAGGAGGAGAGAAAGCAGGAGGAGAGACAGCAGGAGGAGAGACAGCAGGAGGAGAGACAGCAGGAUGA